AUGAUGUCGCAAGAAGGCAAUGCUACAUGCUGUUUGCCUCUCUUUGCAAGCUCUUCCAGUGAAAGUGAUAGUGAAGAAAAAGAAGAUUCGGCUGAAGACGUGGUUGAUCUAUGUAAAGACCCAUCUAGAUGUCGGGUGGAUGGGCUGCUGGACUCUGGCAUGUUGAAGGAAUACACAACUAGCAGCGGCACCGUUGACUGCUCUAAGGCAAUCCCAGUGUACGUUGAUGUGUCUCCACAGGAGCUGAAAUCGCUUGAUGAUGGAAAGGAGGAAUUUGCAGUCGUCUUCGUCCUGAAGUUUUGGUGGCUAGAUCGGAAGCUGAAAGACUUCCAGUCCAAGCUCACGCUUGAAAAGGAAGAUGAAACAAGUGGCAGAGUCUACCUCCAAGAGAUUGAUGUCGUUGUCAGAAGUCUUGACAAGGAUGGCACGUUGCAAUAUGAGGAAUUGCCCUUGCAACAGGUUCCGCGGGUGUUGAAAGCCACCAAAGACAUGUACACAUAUUUGGAGCCUCCCAAAUGGGAGCACCACUUCUUUCCGGACUUCAGCUUCAUCAAUCAAGAAACCACAGAUGAGCAGGUCAAAACAAAAGUCCAGCAGCUUGUUUGGUGUGACAAAGAUGGUGCCCUUGUACAUUAUAAGGCGAAGUACGACACCAUUUUCCAAGAGUUCGUGGAGCUGCAUGCCUUUCCCCUAGACCGUCAACUGUGCCGCAUCAAGCUCACAGCAGAGAUGGGUUUGGACCAAUUCCAGUUCAUCACACUGAAUUCGAACAGAAAACUUGCUAGGCUUUGUGACAUGUGGGAAAUGCCUGAAGACCUCGGACGGCCUGGGUGGCCAUGUACCGUGUACGUGCGGCAUCCCGAUACCUGUUUACAAGAUCCUGUGACACCUCGGUCUGUGGAUGAGAAGGUGCAACAAGGGCAUUCCACUAAGGUGACCCAACGAUCUUUGGUCAAUGUCGUUCUGCACGUGCAACGCAAACCCUCCUUCUUCGUACACAGCAUUCUGCUUAUGGUUAGCCUGGUCAAUGCCAUUAGCCUUUGCGCUUUUGCCCUUAAGGUAGACGAUGCAGGGAGUCGACUUGGGUAUUUGAGCACAUGCUUUUUGGCAGUGCUGGCCUAUCGCUACAUUAUCAAUGACUCUUUGCCAAAGAAGUCUUAUAUGACUGCUGCAGAUUGGUUCAUCACGCUGGCAAGCUUUUAUCAGACGUGGUUGUGCUUCGAGACUGCUUUUCUAGCAUUUUGGUGGUCACACUCAGACGAGAACAUACAGCGGACCAUCGAAAUAUGCGAUUGGGCUCUAGGCAGUUUCACUUUCAUUGCAUGGUUGCUGUUCAUUUUGUUCUAUUGGUAUCAGUGGCGAAUCAGCACGUGGCGCCCAUCAUGGCAGGAAGUUUACCAGAAAAACCAGGAGCCGUACUGCCCGCUGGAGAAGUGCGACAGUUGUCAAAGGAGCUGGUUGGCGAAGCAGUCCGCACAUCUCAGGCAGAACAAGACAUGCCCAAAGUGUCAAGGAAGGGUCCAGACGACCUAUUUGACCCCGCUGGACCGUGAGAAGCCUCUCAUCCCAUCGCUCCGAAAUCGCGGCUUUGGGAACGAAGUUGAGAGCUAUCUUUUGGAGUUCGGUUAA